AUGGUUCUGUUGGAUAUAUAUGCACAGACCAAUAAUGUAGAUGAAGUCCCACUAACCAAAAGGUGGGACUCGGGACUAUUACACAUGAUAAUGAGGGCUAAAAACCACCAUUAUGCUACUCUUCACAAAGUGAAAAGCAUCAUCAUACUCGCCAACAAAAGCAAGAAACACCACGAGAGUCAGGCUUCCGAACCUCCAAGAAUCACGUCAAACGUCAAGCAAAACCUCCGCUUCCUGAAGCUAUGGAAGAGCUUCCAAAAUAGAAAUUCUGCUACUCCUAGACCUUCAACCAGUUACCGCAAGAAGAAGGUGGAGAAGGAUGAGGAUGUUGUAGACACCGACCUCUAUCGUGAUCCCACCUCCUCUCUCUACUAG